AUGAGAACUUUUUUCCCUUCUGAAUCCUGUAAAGCAACAAAGCUAAAAGCUGUCAAUCCACAGUCAUGGAUCCAAGCUGAAAGAGGCACUUUUUCCAAAUUUGCAUCGAAGUCUCCAUCUUCAAUAGAAUCUCUUAUCAAAGUCCGUGAACCUCCAAUAGUUCCAUUCUUUAAACCUGUUGAUUAUGUGGAGAUUUUAGCUCAUAUUCAUGAAGAACUUGAGUCAUGUUCUCUGGAAGAGAGGUCGAAUCUUUACUUGUUGCAGUAUCAGGUCUUCAGGGGCCUUGGAGAAGACAAAUUGAUGCGAAGGAGCCUUCGUGCAGCUUGGCUGAAAGCAUCCAAUGUUUAUGAGAAACUUAUCUUUGGGGCAUGGUUGAAAUAUGAGAGGCAAGGUGCAGAAAUAAUCUCUGAAUUGUUGUCAUCUUGCGGUAGAUGUGCAACGGAGUUUGGGAUUAUAGAUGUUGCCUCUGAAUUGCAUGCCAAUGAAAGUCCACGCUUUCGAGGAAUUGAUAUGUUGAGUGACAAUCAUAUUUCAAGGAUUGUUUCUUUCCAAAUUGGACUUGAAAAAAUAGUAUGUGACAGGCAGAAAUUUGCCGGCCUUUCAAUUCCAUUUCAUGCAAUGCUGUAUGGGUGUUUUGUGGAAUCGUCUUUUGAAGACAUCAAUCUGUCUGAAAAUAAUAUCUCUCCUUCAGGAAUGAGGUUGAUCGGUGAUUUCUGCAUAACGGGAAGUUUAAAUGAAGCGCCCUCCUCUCUUUUGUUAGAAAUAUUGGUGUUUGCCAACAAAUUUUGCUGUGAAAGCCUUAAGGAUGCUUGUGAUAGGAAACUUGCAUCUUUGGUUUCCUCCAGACAAGAUGCAGUGGAGCUUAUGGAAUGCGCUAUUGAGGAGAAUUCCCCUGUUCUCGCUGCAUCAUGUUUGCAAGUUUUUCUACAUGAACUGCCCGACUCUCUGAAUGACUGUCAGGUAUUUGAACUGUUGAGCAAUGCCAGUAGGCAACAUAGGUCUAUAAUGAUCGGUCCAGCCUUAUUUUCCUUCUACUCUUUACUAAGUGAAGUUGCAAUAAAUACUGAUCCGCGUUCAGAAUAA